AUACCCACGUUAAAGCUCUAAAAAUCAGGUCAUUCGAGUGAAGACAAAGGGUGAGAAGACCUAAGCUAAGCCGAAGCGAAGAAAGAAGGCCUUGAUCAUUGAUUCUCUUAUCAGUAAUACUGCUAAAAGGUCGGACGAAGAUUACAAGUUGAAAUCCGAAUAAAGAACAUUAAAGUAGAGAAAACUAAAAAGGUAAGGAAUUUUGUUAAGUAUCAAUCUAUCAAAAAUAUAAAGAUCCCAAAAACCAAUACUGAGAUUUGCCGACAUUCUCGUUACAUUCGUAGACAAUGACAGGUCCGUGGUGCGAUAUCGGAUGAACUGGAGCCACAUUUUGAUGUGUUAUGAACUUGGAUGCGCAAAAUUGGCACGACUCAAAACCUUAGGGUGCAAAAUGUAAAUAUUUCGUUUCUUUCCCUCUUUGGCGCAAUUUAACAAUUCCCGCGAAUAAAAGGGAAGAAUGAAUUUUCGAAAAUGGCAUUUUUUAAGACAUUUUUAGUGGGAAAGUUCCAACUUUUUGCCAUAAAUGGCGGAAGUUUAAAGGCUUUGCAGAAAGUGUAAAGGCAAAAAAGCUUCCAAGCUGGGCUUCAAUGGCGAACCCGUCCAGAGCCCGGAAAAGGGUUUAUCCAAUUCGCCGAGCUGCUGAUGGGAGCGCCUUUGAGCAGUGUGAUCAGUGUGGGAUAUCGGUGGCGAUUGCGUUGGCGGACAUGCAUGAGUGCCAACCCGGUAAGAAGGAAGUGAAGAGAUUCAGAGGGCUCUCUGCAAAUCAUGACUUUAUUCGAGCAGGGGGACAGAGCUUUGCUCAUCAGCCCAGAUCAGCCUUCUGUUUCUUCAUCCGUUCUAUUAUCAGCAAUGAUGGGUGUUCCUGUUUUGAUUUCUGGGGUUAUUGUCUCUCUGUCCGGUGGCUUGGCAGGGAAAGCCUCAGAGAGACCAGCAGCGAAGAGAGUUUCUUGGACUUAGACAGGAAGGGGUUUGAAAUGUGGAAAAACAUGUCCGACGAGGAAAAGCGGCCAUAUCUAACUGAGGCCGAAAAGGUGAAUGCGGCUUACUAUGCUACUUUGCUCAAUGAAGUAAAGGGCAUGCAAAAGUCAAAGGUCGAGGACGGAGCCAAUUCCCCGAUGCUCUGGAAGUUUGACAAGUUUCUUGAAGAAUAUCAAGACCAUGAGGACUCUGAUAGCUCUGAAGCAUCACAGAGCUCUGACUCAUAUGGAUGGCAAUGGUCCAGCGAUGAUUCUUGAGAAGAAGUAUGUUGACGAUUAGCUGUUUCCUCGAAGACACAGCAUCAAAGGACUGCAAAUUCGUACGUUUGCCAAGAAAAGAUCCAAUACUCUGAGAAUGAUUGUGUCUACUGGAUAUCGUUGUAUUGUAUUCGCACCAUUCUCGUGUAUGGACAUUUUAGCUCAGCAGGAAAAUGACUGCAUUCUCUUCCCGAUCAAUUGACUAGACCAGAAAGAUCAUGCAUUAAUAGGAUAGCCAUUUCGAGCUGAGAUUGGGUAGGUGUAUCAAUCUUUGGAUCAAUGUAGCUUAGCUUACUUAAAUGGCCAUUAUUACUUGUUAGUAGAUGAUUUUUCCUGCUGCUUUGCUUACUACUCUAUUGCCAAUUUCCAUAUUUCUUUAUUAAAUGAAAAUAUGAAAAAUUAAAAAUAAAAGUUAAUUCU